CCGUUGUGCUCCCAAAGCACAAACUACAGCAUCUCAGAAUCAUGAAGAUCACUCCAACCAUUUCCACUCUCAUAUUCUUUCUUUUUGUUGUCUUUUCCUGGUCUUGUGCAGCUUCUGCUGAUGACCGCGUCGACGGUUUUCUUGAAUGUCUCAAGGACCAAGUCGACAACUAUACCUCAAUUUCUAGCCUUGUUUACACCCCAAUCAACUCUUCUUUCCAGUCAGUCCUAGAUUUUUCAAUCCGAAACCGAAGAUUUAUGUCAGCUUCCACCCCAAAACCACUAGUGAUAAUAACUCCCGAGUGCGAGGACCAAAUCGCCCCUAUCAUCUACUGUGCCAAACAAAAUCAAUUGCAAAUUAGAACUCGAAGUGGCGGCCAUGACUUUGAGGGACGGUCUUAUGUAUCUGAAGUCCCAUUUGUGAUCAUUGAUUUGUUGAACUUCAGUGAAGUAACUGUUGAUGCUGAGCAGAAAACUGCAUGGCUUGGAGCUGGUGCAACCAUUGGCAUGUUAUAUUAUAAUAUUGCGAUUAAAAGCUCAAGACUGGCGUUUCCAGCGGGCUUUUCCCCAACUGUUGGCGUUGGUGGGCACUUCAGUGGAGGAGGCUAUGGCAUAUUGCUCAGAAAAUACGGCAUGGCUGCAGAUCAUGUUAUUGAUGCUAGGAUAGUAGACGUUAAUGGCAAUAUUCUCGACAGAAAAUCGAUGGGUGAGGACUUAUUCUGGGCCAUUAGGGGAGGUGGAGGCUCCAGUUUUGGUGUAAUUCUUGCAUGGAAAGUAGGAUUGGUGGAGGUUCCAGAAACAGUCACUGUUUUCACAAUCUUCAGGGAUUUGGAGCAAAAUGCCACUCAACUUAUUCACCGCUGGCAGUACGUCGCGCCUACAAUUGAUCAAGACUUAUUCCUCAGAGUCAUCGCUAGAAGAAACACCAGCGCUGAUGGAAAGAUGACAAUUCGUCUUUCAUUUAACUCCGUUUUCCUUGGUGGAGUCGACAGACUGCUCGCGCUGAUGCAAAAAGAGUUCCCGGAAUUGGGCUUAGUAAGAGAUGACUGCACAGAAAUGAGUUGGAUCCAAGCCAUCCUCUAUAAUACUGGAUUGCCCAUUGAUUCACUCGAACCUUUGCUCGACAGGUAUCAGCCUGAUGUAGGAUACUACAAAGGAAAAUCAGAUUAUGUGCAGGAACCGAUGCCCAUAAGCGGGUUUGAAGGCGUAUGGGAAUUGUUUUAUGAACCAGACGGCAAGGAGGCAGAGUUUUUAUUGACCCCAUAUGGUGGAAAAAUGGCCGAAAUUCCUGAAUCUGCAAUUGCAUUUCCUCAUAGAGCAGGUAAUCUUUACAUGGUGCAUCAUAUGAUAUACUGGGAAGCAGAACAAGCACAAGACGAAGACAAGUACAUAGCUUGGGUUAGAAAGCUUUACAAUUAUGUCACUCCUUAUGUUACGAAGAACCCGCGGGGAGCUUUCUUAUGUUACAGAGAUCUUGACAUUGGAGUGAAUAACAAUGAAGGGGUGGUAACUAUUGAAACAGCAAGAGUUUGGGGCGAAAAGUACUUCGUAAACAAUUUCAAUCGAUUGGUCCUAGUGAAAACUAGAGUUGAUCCAGGAAAUUUCUUCAGAGAAGAACAAAGCAUUCCCCCACUAAUCCUACGAUGGACAGGAAAAGAGGACAUAUAAGAUUAUAUUCACGAGGAACAUGAUGUGGUCUGCAGACUUCUAGUAUAUGCUUCCUUUAAUUUGAUGUCCUUACUGCUUUGUAUGCGAAUUAGGGACAUUUUGAUGUCUGUUUUUUAGCACUAAUAAAUGCUAUGUCAUAUUGUACGAAUAAAUUUGCUCUGUUGGUGAAAAUAAAAUGAAGACGUGGUUUUCUAGCCACUAAAAAGAAA